AUGGCAUAUGAUCAUUUAGAAGAAAGCAGUCCAAAAGAGCCCUCUACUGCUAAUAAAGCUGAUCAAUUUCACAAAAUUCUGAAGAAAAUAGAAUCCUUGGAACAACAGGUUAUUGGCGUAGCUAGCAGUGUACAGAAAAGGAUUGGUCGGAGGCCACGACACAGAAAUUCCAGAAAAAAAUCGAGGACAAGUGGCAGUCGAGCGGUUCUGAGCCCGGAUGACAGUAAAAUAGCAGGCAUCUCUAUGCCACGCAUGAGCUCUCUAGACGUGCUUGCAAGUGCUGUACUCCAUAAAAGCAAGGGCAUCGACCAGAAACAAACCUCUAGUGAGUCAAAUCUUGGAACGGUGUCUCUUUCGGGCGAUUCCGCAGUGAAUUCGGAAACUCCGGAGGUUCCAGACAGCGGACUGAGUGUGGAUUAUGGGGUCUUCCUGUCCUAUUCAGUCCUUUCACCACGAGGCCUACAAUGGAUCCGGCUCAAAAGUGUGCAUUGUGAUGAAGAGAUUGAGUACCUCUCAAGAUGGUACACCACCUUUAUGCACGAUAAGAUUUCGGAAACUUUAUUUCCGGUACCUUUGAAUUUGCAACCGCUACCAGAAGCCGAGGUGUUGGAGACCCUGGUCGAGAUUUUCAAUCAGUCGGGGCUUGAAACGCUUUCUUUGAUAUCGGCGGACACGGUAUCGGCGAUCUUCGCGAACUUUCUCAGCAACGGGCUCCGAAGUCUCAGUCGGUCGCAUUCCAUCACAUUACAUGUGGCAUUUGCAUUGGUCAGUCACUUUCAGCAACAUUUCCACAGAACGCAGGUCGAGGGUAUCCCCAGGCGUGUAGCGGGUUUCGUUCAAAACAAUACCAAACUGCGAGAACUGGAAGACACCUUCAUAUCCAAUGCAUUAUUCCAUUAUCAUCAGGUCGCUAUAAUACCGGAAGGAAUUGACACUCUUCAAUCAUUCUUGGCACUCAUGGCAUACGCCGACGUCACAGGGGCUCUGCACGCAUCGUACAUGAUGGUUACCUUGGCCGUUCGCUUGGCUCAACAUUUGGGUCUUCAUGCCGAGAUUUCUUACGAGGGAUUAACGUUUGAAGAAGCAGGCAAGCGAAGAAAAAUAUGGGGUGUAUGUCGCUAUUUUGACCAAAAAGUCUCUGUAAUCCUAGGAAAGCCUCCGGUUGUAGCCCAUUACGACACCACGGCGAUUUUUGGGCCUAUCUGUACUCCUGUGGAACUUUUGGCGGAUGCCACACUGGCAGCGGCGUCUGAACCACCUGCGUGCCAACUUGCAUUUGCACGGAAUAUGUACAGCUUCGUUAUGAGGGAAGUUGGGUUUGACGUCUUUGGCGGAUACUAUGCCUGCCGAAAUGUCUACAUUAGUUCCUGCAUAUACAGCGACUUAUAUGCACCAUCAGCGACUACCAACAUUGCUAAACAACUUCGAAGUGCUAAUGCGCUUCUAAAGGAGAUGGAAAAUUUUAGAGUUUCACUUCCAGCAGGCAUGAGACCAUUUGAUCCUCCGAUAAGCUCGGCUUUGACAGAACUCGUAAGGAGUAGUGAUUUGCCAGCGGCAAUGACAAGACUGUUUAUUUUCAACAUCCAAUUCGGAUUUUUCACGAAUUUGAUUUUCAUACAGAGGGCGAUCUUCAAAACACAAGGAUACAUGAAAGAGAUAGGACUUUCUAAAGAAGCCCCCGUCUACGAAGGCGUGCGAACCGCAAGGACCAUGCUUUCCUACGCGUUAGCAAUAUCUGAACUCAAUCUAGCGAACUAUUUCAAGUCUUUCCAGUGGUCUAUAAAUCUGGCAUUUUUCGAGAUUUUCAUUUACACACUUGCUAAACAAGAAAUUGCCACUGAAUUUGAAGCUGACGUGAAGCUAAUGACGAGCGUAUACUGCGAUUUUAUCAAUUGCAUGGAAUCCUCGGACAUUGGGUCAUCUCCUGAGACUCAAGAUUCGGCAACAGAAAAAGGAGAUUCGAAAAAGUCACAUUUUGCAGCUACAGACUUUUCAAGCAAUUUCAAAUACCUCAUUAAUGUUCUGCGCAAGACGUUCAGGUCGAAAUUUGAUCAAGAAGUGACGUUAACUCACAAACAACUCCAGAGCCUGACAUAUGUCACCAAUUUUUUCCCAGAGUCGGUCGUCGAGAAUGGCAGACAAGCUGAGUUUAACCCUUUUGUGAUGGACAACAUGGAUCUUGUUGGCUCCGACACUUUACAUUUUCUCAUUUGA